GUCAUUUGCUCCAAAGAGCCGUCAGGAUGAAGACACAAUCGACCAACCUUCGCAUGAAGUUACCUGUGUUUGUAUUUGUCAUUGAGGUGGUUAUUGUUGCCCUGUAUGCUGCCUUUGUCACCUACGAUGAGCAUGCUGAUGCCAGAUUUCAGACCAACCAGACUAACCCCAUGGACAAUGCAGUAUACAAAGACUAUCCUUUUUUUACGGACAUACAGGUCAUGAUAUUCAUUGGCUUUGGAUGCCUCCUGGCAUUUUUUCGACUGUAUGGCUUUGGGGGAAUGGUUUUUAACUUCCUCACAGCUACUUUUGCAAUCCAGUGGGCCAUUCUUGUGCAGGGGUACUUCCAGUUCAGCCAUGAUGGUAAGAUACAGCUUGGAGUGAUCAACCUCAUAAAUGCAGAGUUUGCCUGUGCUGUGGUGUUGAUAUCUUUUGGGGCAGUUCUGGGGAAGACCAGUCCGUUGCAGCUGCUGGUCAUGGCUCUGCUGGAAGUGCCAGUGUUUUCAGUCACAGAGUGGGCCGUGCUGAAGUAUCUGAAGAUCAAUGAUGCAGGAGGAUCUAUUCUCAUUCACCUAUUUGCCUGUUAUUUUGGCUUGGGGGUCACCUUUGUGCUGUACAGGCCUCACCUAAAUGAAGGCCAUUCAAAGGAAAACACUAGCUACCAGUCUGACAUCCUGUCUGUGAUGGGGACCUUGUUCCUCUGGGUGUUCUGGCCCUCCUUCAACUCAGCAUUAACUCUGAAAGGAGAUGACCAGCACAGAGCCAUCCUCCAUACCUUCAUCAGCCUCAGCGCCUCCACACUCACUGCCUUCGCCCUCUCUGCAAUGCUGAACAAAAACGGUAAGCUCACCAUGGCUGAUAUUCAGAAUGUUACCCUGGCUGGAGGUGUGACAGUCGGGGCAUCUGUGGAUAUGAUGAUAUCACCUGCAGCUGCAUAUACUCUGGGUAUAAUGGGCUGCACUGCAUGUAUGCUAGGUUACAAAUACCUGAGCCCAUUCUUAGCACGGCAGUUCAGGAUCCAGGAUCAAUGCGGAAUACAUAACUUGCAUGGUCUAACAGGACUUAUAGCCUGUGCUGCAGGGAUAUGUGCUAUACUGAUGGCUGAUGAAGAGGUUUAUGGCCCCAGUUUGUAUGAAAUCUUCACACACAGAGCACCAGUGGAAGGGGACCCUAAACUGCAAGAGCUCCAGAUGUUGAUACCUGGUUUGCAGCCAGGUCUGGGGAGGACUGCCAAGGAACAGGCUCUCUUCCAGGUAGCAGCUGUGUUCUCCACCAUAGGAGCGUCGGCACUGGGAGGCAUCAUCACAGGCUUUGUCUUAAAAUCGCCAUACCUUGCACCACCAUCUGAUGAUUUCUGUUUCGACGAUGAGCCGUUUUUUGAUGUUCCUCCUGACUACGAUGCACCACUUAAACUCAGUGACACAACUGCAACUGAGGAUUCUGCUGCCUGACAUACAACUGCCAAGUAUUGUCAGUGAGUCUGACUAAAGAGGAGAGUGUAAAUAAGCCUGUAUUUGUCUUUAUAUUUAAUGUAAUCUGCCAACACUCAGCAAUUAUAGUGACUUUUAAUUAAAUGUUUUUAUUUAAUUAUUUACAAUGUAAUGGAUUCCAUUACAUUGUAAAUAAGUUGCACAGGUGAUUAUAGAUAAUGAAGAGUUCACACUUGACCUCAGGUGACUCCAAUGACUCUACCAACCACUGUUACAACAGCCAGGAUUACAAACAAACUAAGUGACACCAACGGCCUUGAUAACGACCCCACAGAGGUUAAAUACUUGGGACUACCCACCCAGUUGCCCUUGAUCAAACUCUUCUUGGACUGUCCAACACUGUCUAGUACUGCCAGUGGAGGUGUUAUUUAUUGUGCUACAUGCAAAUAAUAAAGGAAAUUGAGAAGAAAUUAGAUUCCAGUUCUGUCAGCCAAAAUGUCACAGGUUUGUGAUGUGAAAUAAACUCUUUUUA